AUGGCGUCGGCGUACGCGGCCAUCCCCGACGACGGCGCGCGGCCGUCGCGGCGGACGGUCGCCGCGCGCGCCGUCGCCGCGGGCGUCGCCGUCGCCGCUACGAUCUACGUGGCGACGUCGCUGCCGGCGCGGCCCUGGGCCGGCGCGACGCUCGAGAGCAAGCGGUCCUACAAGGGGAACACGUCGGCCAAGUCCGGCGCCUUCCUCAGCGACAGCUGCCGCAUCUACAAGCGGACCUUCGCGUCGAAGAACGCCGUCGUCGACGCGGAGGUCGUCUACCGCGCUUUGGGGUUGGACUACCUCGACAACCUGACGUAUACCCGCCACGGCGGCGCGCAGACGUGCGCGCACCGCGAGCUGCUCCAGACCAACGGCCAGGAGCCCUUCGGCCUCCACUUCUUCACGUCCGAGGUCACGGACUACGGCGAGCUGUCGCCCGGCGACUUUGCCGCCGCGGCGACGGCGUCGAUCGAGGCCGAGUUCUCGGCGACCGGCGGCUGGUCGCAGUGGGCCGUGCCCGCGGUGACGUUCUACGCGGCGUCGCUCGACCCCUUUUUGAGCGCCUGGGAGGCCUACGACGAUAUGACGUACAAGCUGUCCUACUACGUGAGCCCCCUGGACGGCUCCACGCAGGGCAGCACAAGAGAGCGAAAUUCCCAACUUCAAAGGCUCAUAUCUCGGCCAUUUUCCACUCGCUACACGCUCUACAACGUCUUCCUGCUCCUGCCCAUGUCGGGCACGACGCUCCGCGUCGUCGCGCCGCACGCGGGCCGCUUCCAGCCGAGCGCCGAGGCCAUGACGACGAACAUGUGCGCGUCGUCGCUCUUCGUGAACCAGACGGUCAUGGCCAUGAAGGCGCAUCUCAUCGCCGUGGAGAAGCGACGGCUGGCGGCGCGCGACGGGAGGCGGUCCGGGGCCUCGGACGCGGCCGUCGGCUACCCGGACCUGCUGGUCGUCGAAUUGGCGAACCCCAUGGACAACAUCGAGGACGUGCCGUCCUUCAUCCAGGAGUUCGCCCAGGCGGGCGUGUCCUACGAGACGCUCGCGAAGGCGGACAACGGCGCGAACUGCUCCUGGACGGCCUUCGACAUGGACAAGUGCGGCCUCGCCACCGACGGCGACCAGUGCAGCGAGGACGACGGCUUCGCGGUGUCGAUCAAGGCCAUCGCCAACGGCGGCGCGAGCCACGGGCUCUACUCGCCGGCGUACUACGGCACGUACGUCGAGGGCGUGCACCAGGCUUUGACGGGCUGCAACACGGGCUGGGACCGCUACCUCGACUCCCACCUGGGCGUCUGGUGCACGAAGCCCCGCUAUCUCGACAACAUCGCGCCGAAGCUGUGCCGGAACGACGUGGGCUACCACGCGCACGCGGGGGACAACUCCAAGGGCGCGGGCGUCGAGGGCAGCCUGUGGACCGCGGGCGUCGCGGGCCUCGGCGUCGAGUUCCACGGCUACUUCAACGGCAAGUUCUUCAACGAGUCCGCGCUGACGGACCUCGACUACUGCACGAAGUCGUCCACGGGCGACUGCAUGUGGCAUCCGCUCUCCGGCCGCGCGGCGGCCGCCGUCCGCAUGGAGAGCGAAAAGCCGGCUCCGAGGGCAGCGGACGCGCCGCUCAACGCGGACGACGACGACGCGCAACGCUCGACGGACGCGCCGCUCGGCGCGCCGCACGUUGCGCCGGGCCCGCUCAGCGCCGACGACCUCGCCCAGUUCGUGCGCGACGGCUACUGCCUGUUGCCCGGCGCCUUCCCGCGCGACGUCGCCUUCGACUGCCGCGACGCGCUCUGGCGCCGCGUCGGCGACCUGGGCAUCGCCGCCGACGACCCGGCGACCUGGUCCCUGGCGCCCAAGGGCCGCCUGGGCCUCCAGGACGUCUUCCGCGAGUCGGACCUCGGCGCGCCGUGGGCCGAGUGCUGGAGCGAUCGGCUGCGGGCGGCGCUCGACCAGCUCUGCGGCGCGGGCCGCUGGGUCGACGACGACGCGCUCGGCUGCGGCUGGUGGGUCGUCACGUUCCCCGGCGUCGCAAACGCGCCCUGGGGCGCCGAGGGCAGCUGGCACGUCGACGGCCACGGCUACGCGCACAGGGUCGACUCGAGGGAGAUCGGCGUCCUGCCCAUCUUUCUCUUCUCGGACGUGGCGGCGCGGGGCGGCGGCACGGCGCUCGCGCCGGGGUCGCACCGCGCCGUCGCGGAGCUGCUCUGGCGCGCCGGCGCGGAAGGCGUACCGGGCCCCCGGCUCUCGGCGCUCGCGCGCGAGGCGCUGGGGGCGGAGGCCCUCGCGGGCGACGCCGUCGUCGAGACGCGCGGCCGCGCGGGCGACGUCAUGCUCACGCACCCCUUCCUCCUGCACGCGCGGUCGAAGAAUCUGCGGGACGUCGACGCGGCGGCGGUGCGGUUCAUGUGCCACCCGGCCGUGCGCCUCGCGGCGCCCAUGCGCGUCGCCGACGACGGCGGCGCGCCGUCGCCCGUCGAGGCGCCCGUGCGCGCCGCGAGGCGCGCGCUCGAGGCCGCGGAGCCCGGCGGCGUCGCGCCGCUGACGCCGCGCCAGCGCCGCGGCCAGCCCGGCGGCGGGAAGCGGGACGCCGCGGCCGCGCAGGAGGCCGAACUCGUGGCCGCCAUGGGCUUCGGGUCCUUUAAGAAGCGGCGACGGCCCCGAAGCGCCGAAGCGCCCGAAGCGAAAAACUCAAAAAUGCACAAGAUCCUCGGCCUCCUCAUGACGGGCUCGUCGGAGGCCUUCUCGCUCCACUACAAGAAGACGCAGGCCCUCGUGAAGACCAAGGGCGGCGCGCACCCGAACGCGGAGCCGACCGUCGUCGACUGGGCGUCCGCGGACGUCGAGGUCCUGUCGUCCGCGACGGACUACUGCGAGGGCGAGGAGUGCGACGUCGACGAGCUCAUCAACAUCAAGAGCGCCUUCGAGGGGCGCCUCGACUUCAUGGACAAGGUCGUCCACAACUACGCGGACGUGCCCCUCGUCGACGCCGCGGCGUCGGGAGGCGACGUCUCCGGCGCGACCGCGGAGGACCGCGCCCUGGCGCGCUACGUCAACAACAUGCGGAAGGCAGGCCUCUCCGUGCGCCGCAAGAUCGAGAAGCUCGACGCCAUCCUCGACGAACAAUUGUUGGAGCAUUGCGGCGGCUGCGCGCGGGAAUUCGCCGCCACCCAGGGCCGCAGCUCAUCUCCAACCAUGUCCUACGCCUACUUCCACCGCGACGGCAAGGGCGCCUGGCACGGCUACGACGCCAAGACGAACGCGGCCAUCGAGGCGGCGCGGCCCCUCGAGGCGACGCUGACCUUGCGCUACCCCGACAACCCGGAGAAGUACCGCACCUUCGAGAUCCGCUUCGGGGCCAAGGCCGUGUCGCGGCGGCUCAAGAGCCCGCCGUCGUCGGGCAUCAUCCAGGUCAACGUCGCCGACGAGAACACGCGCGUCGUCGAGCGGCGCGCCGUCGGCACGGGCGGCGCGCUGCCGGCCGCGGCGGCGCCCGUCGCCGCGGCGCAGAACCGCGCGGACGACGCCGCGGCGCGCCACUCGGGCUCGAAGAUGGACGCCGCGAGCCUCGUCGCGGCGCUGGAGGCGGCCGCGACGCUCUCGUCGAAGAGCCUCGUCGGCACGUACGUGCAGGUCUCGAAGUGGGGCGGCGGCGCCAAGGACGGCGACGCCGUCGUCCUCGACGAGGUCGGCAAGGGCUCCUUCUUCUCGUCGUCGCCGACGGCGUCGCACCGCCUGCGCUUCGCCGGCGGCGCGGAGGCCGACGCGCUCCUGCGGUGCCGGGAGCACGCGACCGCCUGUGUGCAAAUCAACCAGUGA